GUUCUCGCACCUCUGCCUCGUGUGCUGAUUUUCAGUUGUAUCGGGCUCAACUACAAGGCACAUGCGGCUGAGACAAAGACAAACCCACCGGUAUACCCGGUCCUGUUCAACAAGCCUUCUUCUUGUCUCGCCGGUCCAGCCGAUGAUAUCCCAAUCCACAAAGAUGCUCAAUUUCUCGACUACGAGGGCGAAUUGUGUAUCGUCAUUGGACAAACAUGCAAGGACCUCUCGGAGACCGACGACGCGCUAGACUACGUGCUCGGGUAUACCGUUGGCAACGACGUCUCUUCUCGAUAUUGGCAGAUGCCUGACAGAUCCGGUCAACAAGCAGGUUACUCGAAGAGUUUCGACAAGUUUGCGCCCCUCGGACCCGUCAUCUGCUCGACUGCAGAGAUUCCGUCCCCAGAAACUUUGACUUUGGUCACGAAGGUCAAUGGACUCGAGCGUCAGAGAGGCAGUAUCGAGGACCUGAUCUUCACCGUGCAAGACAUCGUCAGGUUCACGGCCAGGGGACACACGCUGGAACCGGGCACGGUCAUCAUGACGGGCACGCCCAGUGGAGUUGCGGCAUUCAUGAAGCCACCGGCGUGGUUGAAGGACGGGGAUGUUGUCGAGAUCGCCAUCGACGAAAUUGGCACGAUUUCCAACAAGAUGGUCUUCGAGUAG